GAAGAGAAACACAGACCGACAGACAGUGAGAUUUAACUUCAUUACAAAACUGUGACUUUAACUGAGGGAGGACAGUUACAGGACGAAGUACUGAAGUAUACUGAAGUAGUGAAGUACUUCCACCUGUUGCGGACUGAAAAAACACUCAAGACACAAGGUUAAAGUAACUGGGGCAACUUUCUACAGCAGGGAGGAGAAACACAAGUGACUUCCUGUUUUAUCGUGCUGUGUUUCCAGCUGCACUCAGAGACAAAAUGGCUUCCAGAUUAGAGGAGGAUCUCUGCUGUCCGAUCUGUCAUGACGUCUUUAGAGAUCCUGUUGUUCUGUCAUGCAGCCACAGCUUCUGUAAAGACUGUCUGAAGAGCUGGUGGACGGAGAAACAAACACGUGAGUGUCCAGUUUGUAAGAGAAGAUCUUCAAAGGAACGCUUACCGUGUAACCUGGUGUUAAAGAACCUUUGUGAGGCGUUCCUACAGGAGAGAGAUCCAAGAGCUUCAGAGGCUCUCUGCAGGACUCACAGCGGGGAAUGUCCGAGGUUGGAGACCAGUAACCAGGCUGGUUACAGGGUGUUACGCAAGUCUGUCCAGAGGAAGGGACUUAAACUCUCUGGACUAUGGACAAUAGGGGAGCUCCAGGAAACUCUGGAGCCCUUAAAGGAGAAGUUAAAGGUUUGUGAACAAGUGAAAGAGGAGUUUGAUCAAACAGUAGAACACAUUAACGCCAAGGCCCGACACACAGAGAGAUUUGAGCUGAAGUUUGUCGGUCUGACAGCAGGUGGCAGUCUGAGCUCAGGGAUGGACAGAGGCUCAGGUAGGAAGGAUUAA